GCAAUUUGGGCAUCUGAUGGUAAUGGGGUUAUAUUCUGUGGCCGAGAUCAUGAACCCUACAGAUUGGGCUUAAAAUAUUGUCAUAAUAGAAAGUAAGAACUUAAAAAAAUAUGAGUGAAAUAAAUAUUUUUGGCUUCCUAAAAAAUCUAACCACAUUUAUUGUUUUCUAGGAGUGGCAUUUACUACUUAUCUCUGGAUGGAAAAUCUUGCGGUUCGUGUAUAAACGUCAUAUUUAUUGAACACUUUGAAAUUAUAACGAAUAAUACGCAUGAAAUAACGUAAUAUUGACAAUAUAUCAUGGGGAUUUUAAACCAGAAACGCGAUGGAAUGAUGCAUUAAGAUAGGGAUAAAUUACCAGGGUAUAAAAAUAUAAAUUGACCAAAAAAACGUGUUAAAAAACGAAUUGCUAUCCGAGCUUUUUCCACAAAUUUUGGGGUGUUUUAUACGCUGAUAAAUAAACAGUUUUUAAGUGCGACUACGCACGUAAAAACGCAGAAGUUGUUACAGGUCUGCAAACAAGUUAUUACCAAUCUAUGUUCACAAGCUGUUGACAAGUUGUGUUCGCAAUGCUUGUUCCCAGUUGUUGUAGCAAGUUUGGAACAAGCUGUUAACAACUUGUAACAAUCUUGAUGAGACAAGGUUGUUACAAGUUGUUCCAAACUUGUUGACAACUUGGGACAAGCAGUGCGAACACAACUUGUUGACGGCUUGUUGGCAGACUUGUUACAAGGUGGGAGAUUUUUACGCGUGUACUUCUCAAACAGACUUGUUUUUAAAGAGAAAUUCAAGACGAUAGUUAGGUUAGUUUAUGGGCGUUGAUCAAGACAAAUUUGUAUAUGUGAAUUGAACACCUCAUUAAACAUUGAUUUUUUACGAACUUUCUUCAUGAAUUAUAUUAAUGAGUUUUAGAUUUAUAUAUUAUUAUAUUUUCUUCUUUUUGUAGAAAUGUUGAGUGAUGGAACGGAAUCAGUUAGCUUUCCCAGAUUAUCACCAGAUGGAAACAAACUUGUAUGCCACUGUAUUAAAAUAAAAUCUUUAGAUGUUAUUACAUCGUGA